AUGGAAAAGGUAAACGAAAAGGUCACUGAGACUACGCUCGCCCACGAUAGCACAGGAGAUGCUGGGCUUGCCGAGAGCGGACCAGACAAUCGAGAGUCCAAGCGAACGUGGCGAACAUAUCUGUGGCCCAGCCUUGAUCUUCCACGCGACGAGGCUUAUUUUCUCACCAAGCUGGACCUUACCCUCAUCUCGGCAUCUGCUCUUGGCGUCAUGUGUCGUUAUCUCGACCAGGUCAACAUUACUAAUGCCUUCAACAGCGGCAUGAAAGAAGACCUCGGACUCUACGGUAACGAGCUCAACUACGCCAAUGCCGUGUGGAGUGCAGCCUACGUCUUCGGCCAGAUCCCGUCCAACCUGUUGCUGGCCCGAGUCAACGCCCCGCUCUACAUUGCCUUUCUCGAGCUGUCUUGGAGUGUCUUCACCUUUGCCCACGCCGGAAUCCACAGCAUCCGCCAGCUCUAUGUCUUUCGAUUCUUCGUCGGCUUGUUUGAAGCCGGCCACUUCCCUGCUGUCAUGUACAUCUGCUCCAGCUACUACAAGCCACACGAGCUCGCCCGCCGAAACACCAUCAUUCAGGUCUUCACCUCUGUCGGCCCGCUCUUCUCUGGCUUAUUCAUGGCUGCCGUGUACAGCGGCCUCGAUGGGACUAACGGUCUGGCUGGCUGGCGAUGGAUGUACAUCAUUUGCGGUUGCAUCUCUGUGCUCUGUGCCAUAUGGACCGCCUUCGCCAUGCCCCAGCUUCCCAACCGAGCAAAGGCCAACUGGAUCUUCACCGAGGCUAACAUCAGAUUGGCUCGUGCCCGCAUGCCCUCCGAGGCCAAGAUGCUUACCGGCCUCUUCAAAUGGAAGGACAUCAAACGGUGGCACACAACGUGGCACGUGUAUUUAUUCCCCCUGCUGUUCACCAUUAUAACUCAGUUUGGCCAGGCUGGUGGUUCAAUGAUAUUCUGGGUCAAGAGCUACAAUGUAAAGGGAGAGCCGGUCGUUUUUUCGGUUGCCGAUAUCAACAUAAUUCCUCUCGGGAUCAACUUCCUCGCCAUCUUCUGCGCCCUCAUUAACGCCUGGGUAUCCGACAAUCUUCCUGGCUCUGCCCGCUGGCCCGGCAUACUUUUCUCCUGUAUCAUGGCUAUCAUCUUCCCUGUCGCCCUCGCAUCCACGCCGGUCCAUCCACCGAACAAAGGUACCCGUUGGGCGCUGUACUCGCUCAUCAGUACUGGUGCAGGAAUCACCUGGACGUAUGUCAACGGGAUCAACAGGCACGAUCAGGAAAAGCGGGCAUAUGUAUCAGCGAUGAUGAACGCGUUCGCCUAUAUAUUCACUGCUUGGGUACCUAUCUUCACCUUUCCGACUAACAAGCAGCCGUACAUUGUCGCCGGAAACUACAUCACAGCUGGCUUUGGCGCGGCAGCUGGGCUGGUGGUGCUGGCCAUCCGCCACUUUGACCUUCGGGAUCGCAGACGACAGCAGAGGCAAUAG